AUGAGCAAUUCCACGGACCCAUCCGAUUACUGCACUUUGGACAUCUGCCCACUCACCGAGGCGUACGUCUAUUAUGUGCCAUCACUGCCUGGCAAUGCCUUCUAUUUGGCCCUUUUCGCGAUCCUCCUAGUUGCCCAGCUAGGGUUGGGUAUCAGAUAUCGAACCUGGGGUUAUCUUGCGGGCUUGGUCGGAGGUUUGGUACUCGAGAUCAUCGGCUAUGCCGGCCGCCUGCAGAUGCACUACAAUCCUUUCCGUUUCAAUCCUUACUUGGAAUAUUUAAUCUGUCUUACCAUUGGCCCGGCGUUCUUCAGCGCCUCGAUUUACAUCUGUCUCGGGAGGAUUGUGGUCAUCUAUGGGGAGAAGAUUUCGCGAUGUCGCCCUCGAACUUACACCAUUGUUUUCGUCCUUUGCGAUGUAGUAUCUCUGAUCCUCCAAGCGGCAGGUGGUGCCAUUACCUCCAUAGCGGAUGCCGACCAGGCCGAUUUAGCGCAAACAGGCAUAAACAUCAUGAUUGCCGGCCUUGCAAGCCAGGUUGCUUCCCUAGCUCUCUUUGUGGCUCUAUGUCUUGAUUAUGCCUGGAAGGUCCGCAACAACCCUGACUCCCUGAAUGAGACGUUUCAUAUGCGAAAGCUACGGAACAGCACUAGGUGGAAACUUUUCCUAGCGAGCCUGAUCCUAGCAACAAUUACUAUCUUUGUUCGCUCUGUCUUCCGAGUCGCGGAGUUGAAAGGUGGUUUUCACAGCUCGCUCGCAAACGACGAAGUUCUUUUCAUGAUCUUAGAGGGAGCAAUGAUCGUGAUUGCCACUCUAUGUUUGACCGUUUUCCAUCCGGGGGUCUGCUUUGAUGGGCAAUGGGGUGAGACCAAGUGGACCUUCCGCCAGUCGCGUGGCAGUGAUAUGGAGUUGAUUUCUGUUGACGAUGAUGUGGAGCAAAAGUUCCAACGGGUAAAGUAG